AUGAACAGUGUGGGACUGAAUACGGAGAAGGUAUCGGGUCUGCUUCAGAAACUGAGUUCCGACCCUCAGUUCAUACUCGCCCAGAAUGUCAGGACCACCCACGACUUGCUGGACAUCUCUCUGAAGAGGGCCAUGGUACAGGGCAGUCAGCAUGUGUUCUAGAAUGUUGUACCUCAGGAAGGCAAGCCGGUCACCAACCAGAAGUUCUCAGAGCGAUGCUGGAUCUUUUCUUCUCUAAAUGUUAUGAGACUUCCAUUCAUGAAAAAAUUAAAUAUUGAAGAAUUUCAGUUUAGUCAAUCAUACCUCUUUUUCUGGGGCAAGGUUGAACGGUGUUACUACUACUUAAAUGCUUUUGUGGACACAGCCCAGAAAAAGGAGCCUGAGGACGGAAGGCUGGUGCAGUAUUUGCUUUCAGAUCCUGCAGAUGAUGGGGGACAAUGGGAUAUGCUUGUCAAUAUUGUUGAAAAAUAUGGUGUUGUUCCUAAGAAGUGCUUCCCUGAAUCUCAUACAACAGAGGCAACCAGAAGGAUGAAUGAUAUUCUGAAUCACAAGUUGAAAGAAUUCUGUAUACGCCUGCAGAACCUGGUUCACAGUGGAGUGAGCAAAGGAGAAAUCUCAGACAUGCAGGAUGUCAUGAUGGAGGAGAUAUUCCGAGUGGUGUGCAUCUGUUUGGGUAAUCCACUGGAGACGUUCACCUGGGAGUAUCGAGACAAAGAUAAAAAUUAUCACAAGAUUGGCCCCAUAACUCCCUUGGAGUUUUACCGGGACCACGUCAAGCCUCUCUUCAAUAUGGAGGAUAAGAUUUGUUUAGUGAAUGACCCUCGGCCCCAGCAUAAGUACAACAAACUCUACACAGUGGAAUACCUAGGCAAUAUGGUUAGAGGGAGAAAAACUCUCUAUAACAACCAACCCGUUGACUUCUUGAAGAAGAUGGUGGCUGCCUCCAUCAAAGAUGGAGAGGCCGUAUGGUUUGGCUGUGAUAUUAGAAAACACUUGAACGGCAAGCUGGGCCUCAGUGACAUGAAUGUCUAUGACUAUGAGUUAGUGUUUGGUAUCUCCACGAAGAACAUGAAUAAAGCAGAGAGGCUAACUUUUGGUGAUUCACUCGUGACCCACGCCAUGGCCUUCACUGCAGUCUCAGAGAAGGAUGAUCAGGAUGGCAUAUUCAUGAAAUGGAGAGUGGAGAAUUCAUGGGGUGAAGACCAUGGCCAAAAAGGUUACCUGUGCAUAACUGAUGAGUGGUUCUCUGAAUAUGUCUACGAAGUGGUGGUGGACAAGAAGCAUGUUCCCAAAGAGGUGCUAGCUGUGUUCGAGCAGGAAGCUGUUGUCCUGCCAGCCUGGGAUCCCAUGGGGGCUUUGGCCAAGUGA